AGAUCUGCCAGGGGACUGGUGCUUUGAAAUUGCUGGUGGCUCUGAAUCCUCCAUCCUUUGGGAAUAUAAAUCUUGCUAACCAUGUCGGCAGCCACGUGGAAAUGGACUUGCCUGAUUUCCCACCUCCUCCUGUCCACCAUGACGUGGUCUUUUGCUAGGCAACAGCCGCCUCACCCAAAAAGACCCUUCAUCACCUUUACAGGUGAGCAGGCAGAGGGGACUUUUAACCACUUGGUGGUGGAUGAAAGAACUGGACAUAUUUACUUGGGAGCCGUCAACAGGAUCUACAAACUCUCCAGCGACCUGAAGGUCUUGGUGACGCACCAGACCGGUCCGGAUGAUGAUAACCCCAAGUGUUAUCCCCCUAGGAUAGUUCAAACCUGCAAUGAGCCCUUGACUCCCACCAACAACAUCAACAAGAUGCUCCUCAUAGACUAUAAGGAGAACAGGUUGAUAGCCUGCGGAAGCCUUUACCAGGGGAUCUGCAAGCUCUUGAGGCUGGAUGACCUUUUCAAGUUGGGAGAGCCCUUCCACAAGAAGGAGCAUUACCUCUCUGGGGUGAACGAGAGUGGCUCUGUUUUUGGAGUCAUCGUUUCUUACAGCAACAUAGACGACAAGCUGUUCAUCGCCACCGCUGUGGAUGGCAAGCCAGAGUACUUCCCCACCAUCUCCAGCCGGAAGCUAACCAAGAACUCCGAGGCUGACGGGAUGUUUGCCUACGUCUUUCAUGACGAGUUUGUGGCCUCCAUGAUCAAGAUCCCCUCAGACACAUUCACCAUCAUCCCUGACUUUGACAUCUACUAUAUCUACGGCUUCAGCAGCGGCAACUUUGUCUACUUCCUGACCCUGCAGCCAGAGAUGAUCUCCCCGCCAGGCUCCACCACCAAGGAGCAGGUCUACACCUCCAAGCUGGUCCGGCUUUGCAAGGAGGACACAGCCUUUAAUUCCUACGUCGAGGUGCCCAUCGGCUGCGAAAAGAACGGGGUGGAGUACCGGCUGCUCCAGGCAGCCUACUUGUCCAAGGCGGGAGCCAUCUUGGCCAGGUCCUUGGGUGUCAGCCAAGAUGCUGAUAUCCUCUUCACGGUCUUCACCAAGGGGCAGAAGAGGAAAAUGAAGUCGCUGGAUGAGUCUGCUCUCUGCAUCUUUGUCCUGAAAAAGAUCAAUGACCGCAUCAAGGAGAGGCUGCAGUCCUGCUACAGGGGAGAGGGGACGUUAGAUCUGGCAUGGCUCAAAGUCAAGGACAUUCCCUGUAGCAGCGCGCUGUUAACAAUCGACGACAAUUUCUGCGGCCUGGAUAUGAACGCUCCGCUGGGAGUAUCGGAGAUGGUGCGGGGCCUUCCUAUCUUCACCGAGGACAGGGACAGGAUGACGUCGGUGAUCGCGUACGUCUACAAGAACCACUCGCUGGCUUUCGUGGGCACCAAGAAUGGCAAAUUGAAAAAGAUCCGCGUGGACGGCCCCACCAAUAAUGCCCUGGAAUACGAGAUUGUGCAGGUGGUGGAUAACGGCCCCAUAUUACGGGAUAUGGCUUUUUCAAUGGAUCACGAGCACCUGUACAUCAUGUCAGAAAAGCAGCUGACCCGGGUGCCCGUGGAGUCCUGCGGCCAGUACAAGACCUGCAGUGAGUGCCUGGGCUCGGGGGACCCGCACUGUGGAUGGUGCGUGCUCCACAACACGUGCACAAGGAAGGAGAGAUGCGAGCGGUCCAGCGAGCCCCGGAGAUUCGCCUCGGAGAUGAAGCAGUGCGUCCGGCUCACUGUGCACCCCAACAACAUCUCUGUCUCCCAGUACAACGUGUUGUUGGUCUUGGAAACCUACAACGUCCCAGAGUUGUCAGCUGGGGUCAACUGCACCUUUGAGGACCUUUCCGAGAUGGACGGCUUGGUGGUGGGGAAUCAAAUCCAGUGCAUCUCCCCUGCUGCUAAGGAAGUGCCCCGAAUCAUCACAGAGAACGGAGACCAUCACAUCGUCCAGCUCCAGCUCAAAUCCAAGGAGACGGGAAUGACUUUUGCUAGCACCAGCUUUGUCUUCUACAACUGCAGCGUCCACAACUCAUGCCUGUCAUGCGUGGAGAGCCCCUACCGCUGUCACUGGUGUAAAUACCGUCAUGUCUGCACGCACGACCCUCGAUCCUGCUCCUUCCAGGAAGGCCGUGUCAAGCUGCCAGAGGACUGUCCCCAGUUGCUCAAGGCAGACAAGAUCCUGGUGCCUGUGGAAGUGAUCAAGCCCAUCACGCUGAAAGCCAAGAACCUGCCACAACCUCAGUCGGGACAGCGGGGCUACGAGUGCAUCCUGAAUAUCCAGGGCCUCGAGCAGCGGGUGCCCGCCUUGAGGUUCAACAGCUCCAGCGUGCAGUGCCAGAACACCUCGUAUUCAUACGAAGGGAUGGAGAUUAACAGCCUGCCGGUAGAGCUGACGGUCGUGUGGAAUGGGAAUUUCAACAUUGACAACCCGGCGCAGAACAAAGUGCAUCUGUACAAGUGCGGGGCCAUGCGCAACAGCUGCGGCCUGUGCCUGAAAGCCGACCCGGACUUCGAGUGCGGCUGGUGCGAGGGGCCGAACCAGUGCACGUUGAAGCACCACUGCCCUGCCCAGGAGAACCAGUGGUUGGAGCUAUCCGGGACCAAGGGCAAAUGCACCAACCCCAAGAUCACUGACAUCUCCCCGCUGACGGGCCCUCGGGAAGGAGGAACCAAAGUGACCAUCCGUGGGGAGAACCUGGGGCUGGAGUUUCGGGACAUUGCAUCUCAUGUCAAAGUGGCUGGAGUGGAGUGCAAGCCUCUGGUGGAAGGAUACAUCCCAGCAGAGCAGAUAAUGUGCGAGAUGGGGGAGGCCAAACUCAGCCAGCACGCCGGAUUCGUGGAGAUCUGCGUGGCUGAAUGCAAGCCGGAGUUCAUGGCCAGGUCCUCACAGCUCUACUACUUCACGUCAUUGGCGCUGUCAGGCCUAAAGCCGAAGAGGGGCCCAGUGUCAGGCGGCACACAGGUGACAAUUACCGGCUCCAACCUGAACGCUGGCAGCAACGUCAUGGUGAAGUUUGGGAGCCAACCGUGCCUUUUUUACAAGAGGACCCCCAAGCACAUUGUCUGUAACACCACAGCCUCCGGUGACGGGUUUGAGAAGGUGCAGGUUUCCGUGCAGGUCGACAAGGCCAAGAUAUCCCAGGAGCUGCAGUUUGAAUAUGUGGAGGAUCCAACCAUCAUGAGGAUUGAGCCAGAAUGGAGCAUCUUCAGUGGAAACACACCCAUUGUUGUAUGGGGAACACACCUGGACCUGAUACAGAACCCCCAGAUCCGGGCAAAGCAUGGGGGAAAGGAGCACGUCAAUAUCUGUGAGGUGCAGAACUCCACCGAGAUGACCUGCCAGGCUCCAGCACUGGCGGUCGACCCCAGCUACCAGUCUGAUCUAGCCGAGCGCCCAGAAGAGUUCGGCUUCAUCCUGGACAACGUGCAGUCCCUGCUGAUCCUCAACAAAACCAACUUCACCUACUACCCCAACCCAGUGUUUGAGGUUUUCAACCCUGCAGGGGUCCUGGAACUGAAGCCGGGAAGCCCCAUCAUACUGAAGGGCAAGAACCUGAUCCCUCCCGUGGCUGGAGGGAACGCCAAGCUGAACUACACGGUGCUGGUCGGGGAGAAGCCCUGCACAGUGACGGUGUCGGAUGUGCAGCUGCUGUGCGAGUCCCCGAAUCUCAUUGGACGGCACAAGGUGAUGGCUCGGGUGGGAGGGAUGGAGUUCUCCCCUGGGAUGGUCUACAUCUCCCCGGACAGCCCGCUCAGCCUGCCUGCCAUCGUCAGCAUUGCUGUGGCUGGGGGCCUGCUCAUCAUCUUCAUCGUGGCCGUGCUGAUUGCCUACAAGCGCAAGUCCCGGGAGAGUGACCUGACCCUGAAGCGGCUGCAGAUGCAGAUGGACAACCUGGAGUCCAGGGUGGCGCUGGAAUGCAAGGAAGCUUUUGCGGAGCUUCAGACGGACAUUCAUGAGCUCACGAGUGAUUUGGAUGGUGCUGGGAUCCCCUUCCUCGAUUACCGGACCUACACUAUGAGGGUGCUUUUCCCAGGCAUUGAAGACCACCCUGUCCUGAGGGAUCUGGAGGUGCCUGGCUACCGGCAGGAGCGGGUAGAGAAGGGCCUGAAGCUCUUUGCCCAGCUCAUCAACAACAAGGUGUUCCUGCUGUCCUUCAUCCGCACCCUGGAGUCCCAGCGCAGCUUCUCCAUGCGGGACCGUGGCAACGUGGCCUCGCUCAUCAUGACCGUGCUGCAGAGCAAGCUGGAGUACGCCACCGACGUCCUCAAGCAGCUGUUGGCCGACCUCAUCGACAAGAACCUGGAGAGCAAAAACCAUCCCAAGCUGCUGCUGAGGAGGACAGAGUCCGUGGCAGAGAAAAUGCUCACCAACUGGUUCACCUUCCUGCUCUACAAGUUCCUCAAGGAGUGUGCCGGCGAACCUCUCUUCUCUCUCUUCUGCGCCAUCAAACAGCAGAUGGAAAAGGGCCCCAUCGACUCCAUCACUGGGGAAGCCCGAUACUCGCUGAGUGAGGACAAGCUCAUCAGGCAGCAGAUUGACUACAAGACACUGGUCCUGAGCUGUGUGAACCCCGAUAACGUGAACAGCCCGGAGAUCCCAGUGAAGAUCCUCAACUGCGACACCAUCACGCAGGUCAAGGAGAAGAUUUUGGAUGCCAUCUUCAAGAACGUGCCCUGCUCCCAUCGGCCAAAAGCUGCAGACAUGGACUUGGAGUGGCGGCAGGCAAGCGGGGCCAGAAUGAUCCUGCAGGACGAAGACAUUACCACCAAGAUAGAGAAUGACUGGAAGAGGCUCAACACCCUGGCACAUUAUCAGGUGCCAGAUGGAUCUGUGGUAGCAUUAGUCUCCAAACAAGUUACUGCCUACAAUGCUGUCAAUAACUCCACCGUCUCCAGGACCUCAGCUAGCAAGUAUGAGAACAUGAUCCGCUACACAGGCAGCCCGGACAGCCUGCGCUCCCGCACACCCAUGAUCACGCCGGACCUUGAGAGUGGAGUCAAGAUGUGGCACCUAGUCAAGAACCAUGAGCAUGGAGACCAAAAAGAGGGUGACCGGGGCAGCAAGAUGGUGUCUGAAAUCUACUUGACAAGGCUGCUGGCCACCAAGGGCACGUUGCAGAAGUUUGUCGAUGACCUCUUUGAGACCAUUUUCAGCACAGCGCACCGUGGCAGUGCCCUGCCCCUGGCCAUCAAAUACAUGUUUGAUUUCCUGGAUGAACAGGCCGACAAGCACAACAUCCACGACCCUCACGUGCGGCAUACCUGGAAGAGCAACUGCUUGCCAUUGAGGUUCUGGGUUAACAUGAUCAAGAACCCGCAAUUUGUCUUCGACAUCCACAAGAACAGCAUCACGGAUGCCUGCCUUUCCGUGGUGGCUCAGACCUUCAUGGACUCCUGCUCAACCUCCGAGCACCGGUUGGGCAAGGACUCACCCUCCAACAAGCUCCUCUAUGCCAAGGACAUCCCCAGCUACAAGAACUGGGUGGAAAGGUACUACUCAGACAUCGCCAAGAUGCCGGCGAUCAGCGACCAGGACAUGAACGCUUACUUGGCUGAGCAGUCCCGCAUGCACAUGAAUGAGUUCAACACCAUGAGUGCGCUCUCUGAGAUCUACUCCUAUGUGGGCAAGUACAGCGAGGAGAUCCUCGGAGCCCUCGAUCAAGACGACCAGGCUGGGAAACAGAAACUCGCCUACAAACUUGAACAAGUCAUAACCCUCAUGAGCAUAGACAGCUGAGAACUGUCCUGCCAGGGAACCCCUGGGAGGGAUAAACCAAGCCGUGCCUCAGUCAAGAUCAUCCUCUUUACCAAGUGCAAGUUUUGAUUGGGCUGUAAGCAGAGUCAACCGAUCAGCUCUCUUUCUCUCUCUCUCUCUAAACCUAUGGACAAAGCCACAAGGCCUUGGGAUUUGAGGGACGUGGUGGCGUUGGAGGGAUCUCAUCUCUGGGGACACCGAGACAUUCAGGUGGAGCUCUCUUGUUCACAGCUUCCCCUUGCCCGAAAAAUACCAUCAUAUCAUCCGUAUCCAGACGGAAACGUGGAAGGCUGCCUCUGCCGCGCCGCUUGAACUGAGCUCCUGGGUCCGUAAGCCGGGGGCGGACGUGGAAACAAACUCAGUAUUAUUGGAGUCUCGUCUCCUGGGAUGGGGCCUGCCUCCGGGGAUCCCGGCAGGGCAGGAUCACACAGGGACCUCCUCCAGCAGAGCCGUUAUAGCUCCGUCUCCCGAUAUCAGUCCUACGGGGAAGGAUUUGAGGCCUCCUGGGAAUGCGACAGGGACCUGGGUCAACGUGGAGUGGCACGGGGGACUCUAACUCUCCGGGUGAAUAGCAAUGCCUGGAGGGGUGGGGGAGGGAGAGACCGCCCCUUGCCCCCCACUUUAACUUUUCAGAUUUUUAUUAUUAUUUUUAAAACAGCCCCGUGUCCCCCUCGGUCUUUCCUUGUGUUUCCUGUUGACCGUAAAACUGCGAUGAAACGCUCUCUGCCUAGUUGCGCUGAGCCGGUGUUCACCAUCCCCUCUGGAUGGCUCACGGCACAGCGCAGCCCAUUUCCACUACAACCCCAGAAACGAAAAGCCUCCAGGCACAUGCCGAGCUAGAAAGGAGGAACCCAGCUGCAAAACACCAAGCUGGCCUGGGAAACAUAUCGCUUUUGCUAGAGGAAAGGUUUUCUGAGCCAGGACAAAUAUUUUUCUUAGCUUUUUUGGGGGAGGGGGGUGUGGUUUCCUGGUGGAAAUCUCCACAGGACUUUGCAUUGUUUGGUGCAAAAUAUGAGGAGACCGGGGAUUAAAGGGAACGAUUUCCCCUUGGGCUGCUCCCAGGAGGAUGUGACCUCAUGCCGACCCAGCCUUUUGUAAAACCACGGUGGGAUUUCCCAUUUUUUUUGAAUGCCCACAAAUGAUUGUGACUGUUUCUGGCGGCACUAGGCCACCCUCUCUCCAUCCCGACCCAUCCCCAUCCUGUCCUCUCAUCCCAAACCCGCUACCAACAGGGUCAUUUUUAAAGCACAGUGGGUGCCUCAGAAGCAUUUCCCGUCCCCUACAUCCCUUCACUGUUAUUUCGGCACAGAGAUGGAUGGGAGAUGGCAUUUACUCCCCCGGCCCUCAGCUCCUCCACAACAGCUGCCUCUCUGAGGACCAAGCUACUUCCUACCUAACCAAGCAAGAGAGUCUCCUUCUUCUCUCCUUUCUUUUUUUCCCUUCCGUACGACCGCAGACCGCUUACUUCAAUACCAUUUGGGGUUUGCCGUCAACAAGGCGCCGACCCCAGAGCACAAGAACCAAACCAGAGAACCUCGAAUUUGGCACAAAACGGAGCGAGGCUGGAAGCAGGAGCUGAACGUGCAUCUGUCACCUCGAGAAGCAAAUAGCGCUUACUUAGACCACGCGUGGGAAUGGACGGGAGCCAUACGGGAAGACAACCUCUCCCCUUGGCCCAUCUCUCACCAUCCUCGGAGAAGCAGCCUAGCUGCGCAUUGGAGGGCAGAGGGGAAAGGGAGGUCUGUGGGCUGCGAGGGGUGUCCUUGAUGAUGGAGUGGUCAUACCGGGUCCUAGUCAUGCUAUUGAUGCAUACCUCUGCGUGACCACCUAUUGCUAGUGGAUUUACGGGAGUACGGAGCAGGAGAAAAUUUGUUGUCGAGCUGACUGCAUGCAGCCAAGCAUUCAAAUCCAUGGGCAGUUCUUGCCACGGCGGUUGAAAGAACAAUGAGCAGACGGGCAUAGGGAAACGGUUGCGAGGUUCGUACCCGGCCGGCAGAGUGUAAGGGACACGUCUUGGUUUUUAAACCCCAGACCUUUCUGUAUUGUUUGGCGUGGGCGUGCAUGUGUCCUUUCCUUUCCUUUUGCUUGCUUUGUUGGGUUGGCCAGCUGAGCGCCGCAUCGGGCCCCUUCGAGGUGGCUCCACGCACCCGAGAGGACCGUGCGUCAGGGUCGAUUGCGUGUGGGUUGGUGUCAUGGUUUUAACGUUUCAUUUGGUAACGUCAGAGUGUGUCCCAGAUCAGACCAUCACAGCUGGGGAAGUGGAAUGGAAAAGUGCCACGAAAGCCAGUGCUAAGAAAACAAACGAACAAAAACCAAGAACAGUUAAGUUUGCUUUUUAGUUUCUUUGGGGGUUUUUUUGGUUUUAAAGACGUUAACCAUGAAAGUUAAAAAAAUAAUGGAAGAAACCAAAGGUUUUGACAAAGUGCCACAAAUGAGAAUUAUGGGCCCUCUUCUCAUGAUUUUCAUUCAGCGGGAUGGUGAGAUCUAAGGACAAAAAACCCCAGACUGGCUCAGAGGGGAAAUCAGUGGCAGGCAGCUCGUGGGGCUGCCGGGGCUGGGUUUUGUUUGCACAUGAGAAGGGGGCGAGGGGCGUUGCACGGGAAGAUUUCAAAGGAAACGUGUGUGAUUUUGCACAGCUAGAGAGGUGAAGAAGCACCACAGGGGAAAUCUGAGACUCAGCCUAGUUCAGUUUAGAUCUGCUGGGAGCGGGGCUGUUAUUUUAAUUUUCAUUUGCUGGGACAGUGUUGUUCAACUCUCCCUCCCUCCGUCUCCCCCACCCCCAGCGAAUAACUUAAAAACCUCAGAGUGAAGAAAAGUUUUAGCAGAAACGGGGGAUUGUGAACAUCAUCGUCCCCUUCUCUCCCAUCCAUUCCCUCGCUCCGCUCUGCCUCCUCAUCUUCCCCCACUUGGGAUUUUCAGCAAAUCUCUCUUUUCAUUCGGCUUUAUUUUUAUACCUCAGCUUCUUCUGCCUUUGUUUUGGCCUUGACAACACGCUGGCAUUGUGAAGUGAAUGUGUGGGUUCCCCCCUCCGUUGCUUCGCCCUCACUUUGCCACCGCUUGCCCCCCACAGGCCUCCAAGAUGGCUUGCUCCCUGCCCCAACUUAAAUGAAUUCAAUUUUUUAAGUGCAUGUGAAAUACAAUGAAGAACAGAGACACAAACAGAAGGAAGAAGGUGCCUCGCGACUGCCGAGAUGCAGUCUUUUCCUCCUUCCUUUGCCUUUCUUUUCCUUUCCCUCCCUCUUGUACCUUUGCCUGUGGACAUCCCACCAGAGUUGGCCCACCAUACUCUGGUGUCAAGCUAUCCAGAGAGGGCUUGUUUCAAAGCCCAUUGAGGUCAAUGAACAGCUUGCCCAUCCCAGCACUCCUAGAUGACAUGGUUUUAUGGGGCAGGAGGCUUGACUGUUGGCGUUUAUGGCACCAUCACCAAUGGGGUGGUCUGGACAAAGGGGCUUCUGAUAGACGUGAGGCCAAACCCUUUCACUGGGCCUUUGGGUAAAGUUAUGUCUUCACCAUAGAGUGAGCCCCACGUGUCUGCACCUGGUUUACCUGGCGGGGCUUGGGCAGCCGCAUUGCAAAGCACACCUAAGCUACACGUCCUCACUUGUGCUGCCGUAAGGUGAGCCACUUUAGGAUUUCUUUUCAGUAAAUGGUGGGAGACCCUAUCUGUCCUUCUGGGCAAUGGAUGGAGUGGUGAAAAGACAGUGGAGGUGCACCAGCACUGGGGCUGAAGCCACCCUCCUCUUCCUCCACUGCAGAUGUGUCUAACCCUCCCAGUGCACCGUUGAAAGGAGCUACACCCGUGACCACCAGCUGAGGAUCUUGCCCACUGUGAUUAUCUCUUCACAUCCCACUCACCUCGGUGCCUCUAGGGAAGAGCUAGGCCUUGUGGAGUAGUUUGCCAAGGGCCAUGCUGGAAAUGGAAAUUCAUACAGGAGCUGGAGUAGCUCUCAGUUAGGACUGUGCCGUUGGUCUGAGGAAGGGGAAGGGAGCAGUCUUGUACUGCGAGAGGGUCGGACAAGCAGGUGGGACCCACAUGGGUCUUCCUCAUUUGAUCUUCUCGGGUGGUUUCUCUGCUCAGCUGUGGAGAAGAGGAGCAGCCCUGGGCUUUGUGCUGGACUGAGGCUGAAUUUUGCCAUUCAAAAAGUAUAAAUGGGGAAGACCAUUGGCUGCAUUUUAACUAAAUUUACCCCUGAUUGUUUGACCAAUGUAGAAAUGAUUGGUGCCGAGCCACCAGGGAGUAGUGGGGCCUUCAUUGCCUGGUGACUUCAGAUAAAAAUGGAGAGCUGGAUUCAAAAAGCCAUUCAGGCUUCUGCACACCCAUUGAUUUCAGUGAGAAUAUAGGCACCUAGAUAACGUCUCAAAGGUGUGACCGGCCAACAGGACAAGAUUGGGCUCAGGGCUUGGGUAACCGGGUAGGCAGGAUCCUUUGGGUAGAUGUGAUAUUUUUUAUUAGACCAACUAAAUAGUUGGACAGAAGUCCUUUGCAAGCUUUGGGACACAAACGCCCUUCUUCAGGCAUUGGGUGAAAUUUAAUAGCCACUGCUAUACAGAAGAUCAAGUAGCUGAUCCGGUGGUCCCUUCUGGCCCUAAGUGAAUCUACAAGCUGCUCAAAAUAGUGGGGAUGGUAGGAGAUGAGGGGAUGGAGGAGUUAGUGGGGGUGACAUCUGAAUAGAAGGUUAAGGGGAAAAUUGCAAAAUGCAUCAUCCAUAGUUAAAAGAAAGGGAGUUUCCUGAGUGUCAGCCUUGCCCAUCACGUCAGGCCACCUAAGGGUUACUAGCUGCUGUCUGCAACUGUGUCAGGAUCCCUUUGAUUUUUAUCAAAUCAGCAUUUUACAGUCUCCAGAGCUUCCUCAGAGCUGUCGAACAGGCGAGCUGGAGUCAAGCUGUGCCUGCUCGGACGGUAUCCGCAGACCACCCGUAGGACGGCCCUGCUGUCGCCGAGGACCAGUUGGGGUGAAUCCAGCCCCUGCUCUCCUUGUUUGUGUGCAUCUGAAGCAGCCGGGCAGGUGGCUUUCUACAUAAAUGUGUGUGCAUCCCCCAGCAGCCCCUCUGAUUUGACAGGUGUUUUGCACAGACAGAGAGAAAGGUACCACGUGUCCCAGCCCCUCAGCUGGCAUAAACCUGCCCCUGGUAGCUCUGUUGAAACCAGUGGCGCUACAUGAGUCUGCAUUGCUGCAAACCAAGUGAGUCCCGCAGCAACCUUGAGGCUGGGGCCCAAAUCUCCAAGCUACUUACGUGCCCAAACCUCACUGAUCUCAAUGGGGCGAGGCACCUACAUACCCUCAUGGCUCCUACUCUAAUGGCCAGACCCUAUUACCCCUAGUAGGGACCUAGGUGGACUUGGCAUCCAAGUGCUAUUCGAGUCCACCCUGUAGAGCCAUCAACGCACCGGUUUGUACAACGCUCAUCUCAGCCUUAAGUCCACGUCACCGAGAGCUGCCAGGACGAGGAGGCCAAGGCACCUGCCUUUUUCAGGAACUGAUAUUUAGGAUCCUGAAUGAGGUAGAAGAGGAUCACUCUUGGGCACCUGGAUUCAUUUAGUCCCUAAUAGGUGGAGUAGGAUCAGGCCCUGCACUCUUAUUUGGAGGACAUGAGAGAGAGCAGCAGCGCCAUUACUUUUCUGAGCUAAGGACCAUUUGCCUGUUAUUCCUCCUUUUUUAAAUGGAUGGAUCAGCUCUCUCGGAAGCAGAACUGCCAUCGGGCAUGUUGCCACAGUCCUCUCCCCAGCAAUGCAGGACAAAAUGCUGAAUAUGGCCCCCAAGCACCACUGCUACAAGGGAAAUAUCCUUGGAGACGGGGCAAAAAAGGGUGGGGGGGGACAAGAAAGUGCCCUAGAUGCCACGAAUGCCAUUCUCGGGGGGCUCAGCUUCCCCCCAUUUCUUCAGCACUGGCUUUUCCAGCUUCACCAUGGCAGCAGCUCAGGGGAUACAGCAGAGAUCCCCAUGCCAGGAGCCCUCGUGAUCAAUGGGUGACCUCGGGCAAUCCUGUAAUGGUUCCGUGCCUCAGUUUCCCCAUCUGGGAGGAGGCCACAAGGGUUAACCGUUGUCUGUAGGGUCCUUCGAAAAUGCAAAGUGCCACUAUUAUUGUUUGUGUAGUGAUUGGGGUCAACCUAGGUGUGACCUCUCAGCUACUGUUUUUGAGGGGGGGCCCAGGGAGGGCAUCAGAGAGGCAUUAAUUUGUGGAGCGAUGUCACAAAAAUGAUUUAAAAGCAGGGCGGGGG